AUGAUGGAUGAAUCAGAAGAUUGGUACAUGGAUGAAGAUGUUGAUGUUGGAGAAGAGGAUAUUGGACCUUAUCAACAUCAUUUGGAUAGAGAUAUUGAAGAAAUGGAUAUAAUUGAUUAUGAUGAUACCUUAGGAGAAAAUUCAAUAUCUGUGAAAUCGUUAACUAAAGAAAUGCUGACCUGUUCUUUACCAGUAUUAAAACAAGUUAAUUCACUUCUUAUUCUAAUACUUAUUUCAUGCUUAUUUUGGCAUGUUGUAAACAUUAUUCUCAAAAGAAGCUUUCAUUUCAAUGGGAAAAUUUACCAUACGUUUGUCACUAUAGUCCUGCAUACCCUCUCUGUUUCUCUCGGAUUAUUCAUUUUACAUCGUGCUGCCUAUGAAUUAUGGUGGAUAAUACUUGGAUUAACAGUCAGCCUGGCUGUUGUCUUUAUCCUUGAUAUUAAUUCUCAUUUUCGUCAUUCUGAUAAACAGAGUGUAAACUGGGAAACAUUUAUUACCUUAGGAAUAUGUUCAUCUGUUCAACUAUACUGUGAACUAUAUGUGAACCCUGUCCAAUGGCAUCAAAUUCGAGGAAGUAUUAUGAUCAUUAUUAUGAAAUCAAUAUCUUUUUCAAUGGAACAAAACACAUUUUAUAGUAACCAUGUCAACAGUCAACCGUGUAUACUAUUGUGGACACCAUUAUAUCGUGGAUUAGUUUGGUUAUCAUAUUGUUUGUGUCCAGCUAGUCUAUUGUUUGGUCCAUGGUUUAGUCCAUUGAAAUAUGAAGAAAUGAUUAGAAGUGAUUAUAAUAGUACAAGAUUUUCUUUAAAAAAUAUUAUCUUAUCAUUGUUGCAUACAGUUAAAUUAUUUGGAACAUCUUUACUGUGUUUAAUUUAUUCAACUUGUUCUACGUAUACAUUAAUUUCUAAAUUAACAUUUCAACCUUGGCUGUAUGCUUAUUUCUCCUCCCAGAGUUUUCGUUUCAGUCAUUAUUUUGUAUGCAUUUCAAGUGAAUCCUUUAUGAAUGCCUUGGGAUACUGUGAUAAAUAUUCAGUUAAGUCUAAAGAAAAAUUAGAUGAUAAUAAUAAAGAAAAAGAAAAAAGCACAAUAGAAGUGUACAAACCAUUUGUUGUGACACGUCCAUGGUCUAUUGAAUUUCCUCGAUCCUUAGUUGAAGUUGUAAUUCACUGGAAUUUACCGAUGCAUACUUGGUUAAAGCAAUUUUUACGAGAGAAAUUAGCAACUAUUCUAAAUGCAUGUGUAGCCAGUCGACCGUGUCCAGAAACCUGCUCUCAUGUUAACAAGAAUUCUUCUUGGGUAUAUUGGUGGAAUUUUGCUUUCAGUUGCUUAGCCAUAUUUCAUUUGGCUUAUUUGGCUGUGAUGUUUGAUACAAGUGAACAACAGUAUCAGGGUUAUAGUAUGUGGCAUGCUUUAAACAAAUGGUAUGGUUUAGGAUAUCUCAGUCAUAUUGUCGCUUUUGCUACCUUUUUGUUUUAUAAAUAUUUAUAAGGAAGGCGCUUUUAUUCAAGUACUUAUGUCCUCCAUACUUUCGAAUAUAACCCUGUCAGUAUUGUUAUUAUUCUUUAUAACAGUAUUAUUAGUAAUAUUCACAUCUUGAUGUAUAUUUUCUAACCUUUAAAAAAAUAAUAAUAAACUGUCCUUCUUUUG